ACACUGUAUUAAUUGCGCAUGCGGUCAGGUUGGGUCAUCGACCGAAGGAAUACACGUCACUGCUGACAACAUUAUGAGCAUACUUGUAACUUUACUCUGUGGGACCUGAGUUAGACGGAUUCUCAGACGAGCAAGCAAGCACGCCUAGCUCAAGUCGACAAGACGGGUGGUAGACGACCGUCCGCAAGCCCCCUACAGUAAUGUUAACAGGCAACACCAAUUUGGGUAGGGUAGGCGCUACGUCAAGACUUGUACCCUACAUCACCUUGCUAGUUAUCUCUAAAUGCCUGAGGUCGCUGGGUCUCUGUCUUGCCUAUGAUGUGCUCAAGGUGGUGCAUCUCAUCAUCUUUGUGUUCCUCAUAAAAGCUGGGUCUGCUGCACUGUUGUUGCCAAUCCAAAGGCCAUUUUCAUCUGGGAAAAGAUUGACAAAGAGACAGUGGAUAGGUGUGUUCCGCCAUGCAUUCUUCGGUGCCCUGAUAACAUUGCUGUGGAUAUUUGGGUUGACACUGUGCGGAACAGUCAGGACUAUUCUCCUAUUUGAGCACAGUGAUGUGGUGGUGUCUGCUGCAGUCGCAGCCCUCUUCACCGGAAGGGGAGGGGGACCUUCAAGGACGAGAGGGGCCUUUGUUUUUCUGACUGCAAUCUUGUCCCUCUUGCUGUUUGAUGCUGACAGGACGAUUGCCCAAGUGGAGCACCCUGAGGGUCACCACAGUAGUGCAAUAACGCACAUCUUUUAUCAGUGCAUUGCAUGGCUGGGAGUCUCAGACCACAGGGGAGGUGUCCUCCUGCUUGUUCUCAUGCUGUGCGUCAAUGUUGCCUACAAGAACACAUCCCGCAAGCUGUCGGUAGACAUCGGCGGAUCCAAACGACUCCACGCCUAUUCCACCCUACUUCAGGCCGUCAUGCUGCUGCCGUGGGCACUCUUCCACAUGUUCAUUCAUGACAGCCAAGUCCUGUCCUGGUGGUCACUUCUUGCCCCUCUCGCUGUCAUCGUCUUGGUCGUCUUCAUUGUGGACUACUACGUGGAGUCGGUGUGCACCAACCGACUGGACAUCUUCAAGACCAGCCGCUUGGGUGCCUACGCCCUGUUCACCAGCGCCCUGCUGCUGGCCUACCUGUGGAGCGGCGAGGGGGCAGCCAGUGCCGUCCUGGGCCAGAUGGGCCAGGGGGAAGCGGUGGAGCACGGGCUGUCUGGAGGGGUGGUGUUCAGCACCCUGCUCUUCAUGUUGGCAACAAGGGUUCUCGGCUUCCCCAUCCCAAAGGCAAACACCAAAGGCAGCCUGGUGGGCUACACGGCAGGGGGGCUCCCCCUCUACAACUUUACAGGGGACGCACUGCACAGAACAUCACAGUCCAUCAUGACUAUUUCCAAGAACAUUCUCAGGCAGAUUCUAGAGGAGUACGACUCGCGGCAGAUCUUCUACUACCUUUGCAUCAAUCUGGCCUUCACCUUUAUCGAGCUCGCCUACGGCGCCUGGACCAACAGCCUCGGUCUCAUCUCGGACGGCUUCCACAUGCUGUUUGACUGCACCGCGCUGGUGGUGGGCCUGUCGGCCGCCGUCAUGUCGCGAUGGAAGGCCACCAGGAUCUUCUCCUACGGGUACGGGCGGGUGGAGGUAUUGUCGGGCUAUGUCAACGGCCUAUUCCUGGUCGUUAUCGCCUGCUUCGUCUUCAUAGCGGCCAUCGGCAGAUUGCUGGACCCACCAGAGAUCAACUCGGAGAGGUUACUGACCGUCUCUAUUGCUGGCUUGCUGGUCAAUAUGAUCGGCAUCUUUGCGUUCAGCCACGCCCACAGCCACGCCCACAAGGCAGGAGGGGGAGGAGCCUGCAGCCAGUCGCACGGGGGCGGGGGCCACGCCCACUCCAGUGGCCAUCACGGGCACAGCCAUAACAGCCUCAGUCACAGCCAUGAUGCCAGAGCGCCUGCCAAGAAAACCACCAACUCCAACAUGCAAGGCGUCUUCCUCCAUGUCCUGGCGGACACCCUCGGCAGUGUGGGGGUCAUUGUCUCCUCUUUCCUGAUUGGUCAGUUUGGGCUGCUGGUGGCCGACCCCAUCUGCUCCAUCUUCAUCGCCGUCAUGAUCUUCCUCAGCGUACUCCCACUGCUUGGUCAGACGGCGGCCAUCUUGGUUCAGAGGAUCCCUCCAGAGCUUGAAAGCAGCAUCGCCGAUGGUCUUAAGAAGGUCAAGCUUUUGGAUGACGUGCUGUCAUACAGGGAGCACCAUUUCUGGUGCCACUCUGCAGACAGCUACGCUGGGACCUUACACGUGCAGGUCACGGCCAAAGCCAACGAGCAAAAGGUCAUCCAGCAGGUGGCGGCCAUCUUUAAAGAGUGUAGCAUCCAGAACUUCAGUGUGCAGGUGGAGAAAGAGGCCUAUUACCAGCACCUGUCUGGCCUGAGCGUGACUUUUGACCAGUUGGUGGAGACGACCCAACAGCUGAAUGCCAUUGGCCAGCAGGACGACACACUCCACGACAUCAAAGCCGUCUGAGAGUGUCAUGAAUAAACUCGUGAAAUGUGCCAAGUAGAUGCUUCAAGUGAUGUACUGUCAAAAAAAAAGAGUCAACCAAGCCAUUUGACCUCGGUGUUGACCCUAUUUUGACCUUUAGAGCAGAUGCCAUGCAAGACUUCAGUUUGAGCACCACCGGUCAGCCAUUGCACACAAGAAAAAUUUUGCAUCAUGAGAACACUGCUUGAUGUCAGUGACACUGUGCCGGGUUUCCUGGAUUGGUUGAAACAGGCUUACAUGUACUGUAAGCUUGGCUGUGCUUUGCCAGUAUGCUGACCUUAGGUCUUAUGGUUACAGGAGGUUCCAUUUUUUUAAAAGAGGUAUUAAUGAAUCGCAGGCACCAUUGGUUGGAACAAGCUAUGUUGGUGGGGAGUGUUCAGUUUGUUGGUGGCUAUGCGACCACAAGGCUUGCAUUUCAUAGUCAUUUGUGGGCCAGCAAAGUACAGUUUCCAUCAAAGAGGGCUCCAUUUCAAGGACAAUUGGGCCUUCUCUUGGUGCAGCAGGUCCUGGACUGAACGAGGGCUUAUCACAUGUAUCUCAGAUUUUUUUCUAUGGUUUUUAAGAUGAUUUAGUUUAAGAAUUAGAAAAAAACUUCAAGAAAAAAAGGAGGAAUGUCAGCAAUUUUGACACGCACUUCAAGUGUACGGUUCUUGAGCAAAGAAACUUGAAUUAAGAGGGCUUCCUGAACACUGCACCAGCAGUCCACCAAUUAAAAUAUCCACCUCAGCCUCA